GUCGGCUGGGCCUCCGAACCGCCCAGAGCAACCGGAAGUCUGUGGGGCGAGCGGCCGCGAGCGGCCGAGGCCCGUUUCCGGCGUCGUCGCGCUGCUAGAGUCUCUCGCUGGCCCCGGGAGGUCCAUCUUGCUGGUUCCUGUCUACUCCAGCUGCCAGUCACAUCAUGACUUAUCUUGCUGCCUGAGAUCUUGCCCCACUGGCUCAUUCAGCCCUAGUACUUCCUGCCUCUGAGGGUCCUUCCUGCCUCUGGCCCUUGCACACUCUGUUCCUGCUGCCAGGAGUUCCCUCCCCACCCCCAUUGGCACCGAGUUAACACCUAGGGGAAGUGACCCAUCAGACUAAGUCAGGGUUUCCUAGUUAAAUGCUUUCUGAGUCCCUUGUACUUGUGCUGUCAUCCCAGUUGUAAUUUUGGUUUGUUUCCAUGGUCAGUUAACUUUCCCCCACUAGGCUGCUCCAAGAAGGUAGAGUCCUUGUGUGUUGUUCAGUACCACAUCCCUAUUGCGUAGCCGAGUGCCUGGCAACUACCCGUUACAUGUUUGUGGAGUAAUUCUUCCAUGUCACACUCUCUGAAAGAUGAAUGAAGCUUCGGAGGGCAGAUACUGUAGUGCUACCGCCAUUUUGGCCCCAUUGCAAGUCCCUGCCAGAAAACACUUGGAGUUGGAAGUAAAAGAUUGGAGGAUACGGUACCCCCUCGAUUAGUCUGGAAGUGAGACGUUGGGGCCUCCAGGAUCGUGACCUCUGACUCUGGUAACUGCCAACAGGGCUCUCAGCCAGGACACGUGGAUUCCCACCCACCAAGUCUCAUGCCAGGAGACUGGUGUGUGUCCUUUCAGGAGGCUGUGACAUUUGGUGAUGUGGCCGUGCACUUCUCGCGGGAGGAAUGGCAGUGUCUGGACCCCGGCCAGAGGGCUCUCUACAAGGAGGUGAUGCUUGAGAACCACAGCAGUGUGGCUGGACUAGCAGGAUUCCUGGUCUUCAAGCCUGAGCUGAUCUCCCGGCUAGAACAGGGGCAGGAGCCAUGGGUCCUCGACCUGCAAGGAGCAGAGGGGAGAGAGGCAGCCAGGACCACCCGGACAGAUUCUACAGUUGGGACUGAUGGUGAGCAGGCCUGUGAGGACAUGGACAGUCUUAAAUCAGAAUCCGGGGGGGUCAUGGUCAAAACCUUGCCCCAGGACUUUCCCCAGAGUCCUGGCUUUGGAGACACCUCAGAUCCUGAAGUCUGUUCACAGAGACAGCCAAGCUCCCUCUUCCAUAAAAACUUCUUGAACAUGGGGACCACGGCUCCCAGGAAGGCCUUUGCUGAGGACGAGUUCCAGGGUCAUGGUGAGCGGGGGAGCAGUGGCCGCCUGGGUUGUCAGCCUGAUCAAAGUCAGGGGUCCUUCCGAAGGUGUGAUGUAUGUGGCAGGAGCUUGAGAUCUCCUUCAGAUGUUGCUCUGCACCAGGAAAUGAAUACCCAGCAGAAACCCAACAGAUGCCAAGAGUGCCAAAAAAAGUUAUCUGAUUGCUUUCAGGGGAGACAUCCGAGUACCUUGUCUGGAGAGAAACCGUAUGAAUGUAGGGAGUGUGGGAAGGUCUUCAGGUUGUGCUCACAGCUUACUCAGCAUCAGAGAAUCCACACUGGAGAGAAGCCGUUUAAGUGCACCGACUGUGGGAAGGCCUUUCGCCUGAGCUCAAAACUUAUUCAGCAUCAAAGGAUUCACACUGGGGAGAAGCCCUACAGGUGCGAAGAAUGUGGAAAAGCCUUUGGGCAGAGCUCCAGCCUCAUCCAUCAUCAGAGGGUCCACACGGGAGAGAGGCCCUAUGGCUGCCGGGAGUGCGGGAAGGCCUUCAGCCAGCAGUCUCAGCUGGCCAGGCACCAGAGGACCCACACGGGAGAGCGGCCCUACCCGUGCCCAGAGUGCGGCAAGGCCUUCAGCCAGAGCUCAACCCUAGCUCAGCACCAGCGGAUGCACGCUGGGGAGAAGGUUGAGCUCCCGAGAACCCCGGAGAGUCCCAGCCUGGGUGCACGUCAGAGGAUGCAUGCUCCCGAGAAGCCGUUUAAGUGUGACGAGUGUGGGAAGGCUUUCCGGUGGGUCUCCCGCCUGAGUCAGCAUCAGCUGACACACACUGGAGAGAAACCUUAUAAAUGCAACAAGUGUUCGAAAGCCUUUGGUUGCAGCUCACGACUUAUUCGCCACCAGAGAACUCACACUGGAGAAAAACCGUUUAAGUGUGAUGAGUGUGGGAAAGGCUUUGUCCAGGGCUCACACCUCAUUCAGCAUCAGAGAAUUCACACCGGGGAGAAGCCAUACGAGUGCAGUGACUGCGGGAAGGCCUUCAGCCAGAGCUCAAGCCUCAUUUACCAUCAGAGGAUCCAUAAGGGGGAGAAGCCCUAUGAGUGCCUCGAAUGUGGAAAAGCCUUCAGCAUGAGCACACAGCUCACGAUACACCAGAGGGUGCACACGGGUGAGAGGCCGUAUAAGUGCAGCGAGUGUGGGAAGGCCUUCAGCCAGAAUUCCACCCUUUUCCAGCACCAGAUUAUUCAUGCUGGGGUGAAGCCCUACGGGUGCAGCGAGUGUGGGAAGGCCUUCAGCCGGAGUUCAUACCUGAUCGAGCACCAGAGGAUCCACACUCGUGCCCAGUGGUACCGUGAGUACGGGGGCACCCUGGAGGCUUCCACCCACACGAGUCGGAGGAGAGUUAAUACUGUAAAGAAACUUCACAAAUGUAAUGAAUGUGAGAAAAUAUUCAGAUGGCGGUCGCAUCUCAUUAUCCACCAGAGAAUUCACACUGGAGAGAAACCUUACAAAUGUAAUGAAUGUGGCAAAGCUUUUAAUAGGAGCUCAAGGCUUACUCAGCAUCAGAAAAUUCACAUGGGCUAGACCACUUACCUUUACAAAUGUGUAUAAAUGUGAAUAAACCUACAGCCUUAACUUAUUUGACAUGGGAUCUUUUACACUGAAGAUUUAGAACACUGGGGAAUAUUCAGAAUUGCUCUCUUAGGGAGUGUUGAGAUUCAUACGUGGUGUAUGUUUUUGCUGGCACGUUUGACCUUAUCCCCUUCAAUAAAGCUCGUGUCUCUCACAUCAGGGUGACACGUGUAGUAUUUGAGUUCUCAAAGGGAUGACCCUGGGCCUUGCAGAAGAGGCAUGAGAAGAGCCCCAGCAGCCCCACCAGAGGAGUGGGAUGAAAGAAGUUUCCCGGGACGUCUUCCUUAGGCCACAGGUACUCAAGACUGGCUUCUGCAGCAGGGAUGUGUUUGUGCAGGGCUGCUGGAGGGGGACCCGGGCUCCCCUUUUGCUCUCCCCACCGGAUACGCCUCGCAGAGCAGCCCUUCUCUUCAGGGAGGCGCUGGGUGCAUGCAGGCACGCCAGGAGCAGCACCCAGGCCAGGGGACAGUGUCCCUGGCCUGCUAUAAGUCCAGAACCCAGUGUCCUCCCCGAGCGUUGUCUUACAGUGGUUACAAGAAUGAAAGAGCAGCCCUGAGGACGCCACCAGAGGCAUAUCCUCAAAACACCAGCCACAUGGACCACCAGAACUGGAAGGUCUGCAAGAAGACGCGUGAGCCGGUGCCUUUGCCCAGGCUGAUGGGUGGUGGAGACGCCUGAUCACCAGGAUCAGCAUUGGGAUGUGGCCUCACGGGCCCCACAGGUCCCAGGGCAGAGGGCCUGUGGGUGCCGAGCACUGGGUGCCAGUGAGCAAGCCCGCUCUCCUGGCAUCGCCUCCUGCUCAGGUUUUCUCUGCCAGCAUGGCCUGGUUUGGGUCGAGUGGUCAGAGCACGUGGCCACCUUGUCACCGGCAGGAGGAACGUGCAGGGAACAUCACUGCUCUGGUUGACUGACAGGCUGGGCUGCAGAGCGGCUCCUGGAACAGCUCCUCAAGGCCUGCGAGCCGCAGGAUGAGGUGCAGCAGUGGCGCCUGCACAGCCUAGGGCCCUGGGCUCUGCAGGGGGACUCGGGAUGAGGAGUGUCACCAGCUGCUACCCAGGACCUCCCCAUGAGACCGGCCGAUCUUUGGCACCAUUGCUGAUCAUCACAGGAGGCCCCAUGGAGGGGCCACUUCUCCCGUGUCCGACACGUGACCCUGAGGUCACUUGAGGACUUUUAUUGCAACAGGACUUGGGUUACGUCACACAGGUUGGGUUAAGCCCAGGUUCGCCUUGUAUGCCAUAGCCCAGUAGCAGCCUGUGGGUUUCUCUCGAGAACAAGUGCCAGCCGCUCCAGGUGCCUAGAGAGGUUGGGACAGCAGAGUCCAGAUGUUCUGAGCAAGUAGAAGGGACUCAACUCCCCAGCAGCUCAGCCUGAUUGGCUGCUUCCCUGGCACAAGGUGUGGAGGUCGCAGCGCUGUCUCGGGACAAGGACUGCCCCGCCUGCAGCUUCGGUAUGCUCCUCCCCUGGGUGGGGUGCACCAUGCAGACAGUGUGCUCUGCGGCAGCUGUAACCCCCCGCUCCACCCGCAACUUGUGUCUGAAAGUCUGUGCAAGAGGGCAGGGACCUCUCCAGACACCAGAGGUUACGUCUCCACCUCAGCUGCUGUGCUCAGCCAGGUGGUCAGUGCUUUCAGAGCCGGGCAAGGUGGGCACCUCUAAGUGGGCGAUAUCUUAGGCCUUGCGAGCCACCUAACAGUGGGACAAGAUCAAGGUCCUGGGUGGCCAUGCCACACCCCCACCCUCUGCUGGUGCUAGGAAAGUGUCCCAUAAGGGAGGGGUCCAUAAGGGAGUCCUGCUGGCCACUCCUGGUAGUGAUGCACAAAGUGUAUCCAGAGGUGUAGGGCCUCUGGACUCCAGGGUCUGCACCACAGGAUGCUUGUCUUUCCUGACAGCACUUGCAGGCCAGCCAAAAAGGGCCAGAGGACGCAGCCUUAAACGCACUCUAGCACCUAGACUUGGAAUCAACAUGAUCCUGUUGGGGGCUGGCCCACUGUGUGCCCUGCGGGCCAAAUGCAGGCCUGUGCCCACGUCUGUGAAGCCUGGUGAUCAGCCUGAGGACAGUGGCCUGGGACCUCCACAAAACCUGAGCUGGAGUCAGUCCUGUAAAUGCACGCAUGUCUGAGAAAUUAAUCACAGACAGCCAAGGAGGCUUCGCCAAUACGGCAGUUGGUUCCGAUCAGACAGCCUCCUGGUUUUGCUUCCAGGCCGGUCGGCAGGGCUGCUGACCGCGUGGGCUUGGUGCUGCUCACAAGCCAUGUGUGCUUGAAUCGCCUUCAGAGUGUUCAUGUCCCCGUUUACCUUGUGACAGGCGUAAGGACUAAGAAUGGUUUUUACAUUUUUCAGUGGUUGGGGGUGGCGUGGGGAAAGACUAUUUUGUGACAUUUGAAAAUUAUAUUGAAAUCAGAUUUCAGUCUGACCAAGUAAAGGUUCUUGGAACACAGCUGGCCCUUUGCUUGCAGGGCGCCUCUGACCGCCUGGCAGUCCUGCCUCCAGCCUUUGAGGGGUUAUUUUCCCUCUGUUCUUAGUGUGUUUCGUUCACUUAAGUGUCCCAGGAAAAGCAAAAAUUCAAUAGAAGUAAAUCUCAAGCCCUACAUUCCAGCCGGGAAUACUGGCUGCGGAAGUAUUGGGUGAGGCCUCUCCUUAGCUGCAUGAAAAAGGUUUGUGGUAUUAGUGUGUCGCCUGAUGACGUUGCGUUCAAACUGCUGCUGCAUGGGUUUCAGAUCCCAGAACACGUGUGGGUGUGCUGGGAGGAGAGGAGAGGGCUGCCUGCCAGGUGUGGGAGUUCUGGACUAUUCUACUUCCAAGCUGUAUUUCCCAGUUGGGGCUUCAGGAACAGUAAACUCAUUUUAAGAAUUUCUGGGAAUUUCUUGGCACUCCAGUGGUCAGGACUCAGCUUUCCCCUAGAUCCCACAAGAUGCCCAGCAUGGCCAAAGAAAAUCUCCAGAACACUUACAGAAUAGAUUAUAAAAUACUUUGGAUUUCUCUUUUGGAGACAAUAAAUUAAACUCAUAAUUUUAACCUGAAAUUUGUCUUAAUUAUCAGAUAAGCUUUAUGAUACUUUGAGCAUUCUGGAAGCUUCACUAAUAAAGUGGGGUGUCUGUGCAGAGCCCAGUGGGUUUUCACAUCCGUGUGUCCCCUGGUGGAUGUGGCUUGCACUCAAAGCCCAGGAAAAGUUUGUUGAAUGAAUGCUGUGUUUGAGGUACAUCCAGGGUUUGAGGUGAAGCUUUACAGGCCCACAGAUGAGAGAAAAUGCUCCAGCGCCAAGAGUUUCCACAGAGGUCUACAUGAGGUCAAACAUCUGCUCUCUGCCAGGUCUUGUUCUUAUCUGGGGACAAGGGGGCAGGGCCAGCCCUGCCUCCAAGUGGAGACUGAGCACAGGUGCAGCGGGCCAGCGCUCUGCAGCCUGGGGGAGCCCUGCAGGCGUGCCAGGGAGGCGGGCAUUUAGAGCCACCCUCACCCCACCUGGUUUUCCAUGGCCCUGGAGCUAAGAGUGGUUUUUUUGGGUUUGGCUGUGCUGGGUCACAGCUGGGGCACACAGGAUCUUUUAGUUGCGGCAUGCAGGAUCUAGAUCCCCAACCAGGAAUUGAACCCGGGGCCCCUGCACUGGGAGUGUAGAGUCCUAGACACUGGACAACCAGGGAAGUCCUAAGAAUGGGUUUUAAAUGGUUGGAACAAGUUUUGUGACGUGAAAUCAAAAUUUCAGUGUCCACAGGACAUUUUAUUGGGAUACAAUCAUGCACAUUGUUUUCUCUGGCUGAUUUUGAGCUACAGUGGCAGAGCUGACAGAAUCAUGACCUGAAAGGCUAAAAUAUUCUCUAGCCCUUUAGAGAAAAGGUCACCACACCCAGUGCAGGUGAGGAGGACCACCUCUGCUGGCCUGCAAGCCUGUGCCCCACAGCUGGAGGGACCUUCUCCAGCUGGAUCACAUCCACCUCCCCGCACACAGUAAGGCCAGAGGCUGUGCACGGUCUCGAGGGUGGUGGCCCUCAUUACCUGGCUUCGUUGAGCACCAGGAGCCAGCAGUCCCGGAACAGCCAGCUGCCCGUCCUCUGCUUCUCACGAAAACCUCUCUCUCUGUACAGUGAUGCCUGUGUCACUGUUUGCCCGUGUGCGCCUCCUUGAGACAAGCACGAGGGCUCACAGAUGGACAACCUGGGGUUGGCAGCAUUAGAGCUGUCAAGAGCUCAUCGGAGACCAAGGCAAGGGGUCGGCGUAGUCAGGGCCCACCACAUCCAGCCUCCCGAGGAUGGAGGUCGAUGUUCUGGUCCAGGCAUUCCUGACCAGUGACUUAAAAGGCACAGAUGGUGCCUUCUGGGGAUGGGGGAGAGAAGCAGGUGAGCAAGCAGAGCUCUGCACCCCCAGUUAGCGGCCUGGACCCCUCAAGGGUGGAGAUGACAGCGUGUAUAGACACAGAGCCGCAGAGGGGCCCCAUACCCACUGAGUCUGCUGAUCCUCCAGGGCCUGGGGAGGGGACUUGCAAGGUGGAUGGACACACGCACACAGCUGACUGGGGAGACAGCUGGACUUCCCUGGCCAGGAGCACAGGGACAAAGAGGUCUCUGUAGCCUGGCAGGCAAAAGGGUGUGCAAACCGUAGUCCUGAUGCGCAGGGCUCCGAGCCUCGGUUAGAAAAGCACCCCUGCCUGCCAGAUCAGCCGAGAGGAUGAGGUGGGCUUCAGUUGAGAGCUCUUGUCCUCCUCCAGGGUCCCUCGGGAAGGGACCCUGUGUGUGUUCCUGCCAAACACGUGCCUUAAAAUCAUGGAAUCGUAGCCACAGGGUCCUUCUGUGGCAGUGGAGCUCACAGCUGGGGCACCUGGGCCAGGCUUGGACUACAGGCCUUGUUCCUGGUUGCACCAGUGAACUUUGCUAUGCUAACCAGCAAAACAGACACUCCCCAGCCUGUGGACUUCUGUCCUGAACGCGUGUCCUCACUCUGGAGCCAGCAGCCUCAAGGGAUGGGAGCCAGCAUGGAGCGCCUCUCUCACCACCAGGUUCACAUGCCCAGAGAAGUCAGUGGAUGGACAGGUAGGAAGGGAAGGCUGGCGGAGAACCGACCACCAGCUCCCCCAUAAGCUGUGUGUCCUUCGGCAAGACUCAAACCUCUCUGCACUUCGUCACCAUGUCGAUGCCUUUGAGUUAACGGGUUAACACGAGCCUGGCGGAGUGCCUGCACCUGGUGGUUCCUUCCAUCUAUGCCUUCUCCCCACUCGGCUGCGUCGUCAGGGCCUGGCCUAUAGGGGGCGCGCAAGGACGUGCUUUGGGAAGUUACGGAGGUGAUGUCCGAAUUUUGGGGACUCAGGAUUGCAGCCUGCCAGGCUCUUCUGUCUACUGUGGCAUUCUUCCAGGCAAGAAUACUGUAAUGGGUAGCCAUUCCCUUCUGCAGGGGAUCUUCCCAACUCAGGGAUCGAACUCCUGUCUUCUGCAUUGCAGGCGAAUUCUUUACCAUCUGAGCCACCAGGGAAGCCCCUAGGGCUUUAAAAUGGUCGCUAUUUUUUUUUUUUAAACAACAUUAUGCUAAGUAAAACGCCAACACUAAAGGCUAAGUUCAAAUCUGGUCAAGAGGGUUUCUCCAUGGCUGUCUAUGGGCAAAGGAGCUUUUUGAUUCUUUUUAGUUUUGUUUGUUUUUAUUUUUUUAGGAUUUUCCAAACAUAUCAUAACAAGUACAUAUUUCUGACACAUGCCUGAUGGUUAAGGAAGAAGUCACAGCAAAGCGAGCCUCCAUCACUGGUUGAGGGAGAUGUGGUGCUCAGCUUACUGUGCAGGUCCUUGUGGGCAGGCCUAGGCAGCAGCGAGGAUGGCCCAGCCCAGCUCCUGUCCUCAGGGAAGAAGGGCCCAGGCUGCUGGAGACACGGGGAGUCCGCAGCCCUCGGCUGAGCUAGGACUGAGCCCCAUGUGGGGCCUGGCUAGGGAAACCCCAGCUCUGAGUGCAGCCCCCAGGGCACCUCCUCUUCUCUGUCCCUUUGGCCCAACUUGCUGGGACCCUCACUCAGGGAAAGGCCUAAUUAAUCAAGAUCAUGGUAGCAUUCUGGAAACAGCACAGAGGAAACACUGCUGCUUUUAAUGGGUUCUGGCGCAGAGUGGGGACAGAAAGAGGGUGCUGGGAAGGCCAGGGGCUUCCAACACAGACAUGGCAGGAUGCCAGGUGGGCACCCAAACCCAAUUGCUAUUUUUCAGAGGAAGCUCCUGCCUGAUGCUUGGGCCUAUUAAUCCUACCAAGCUGUGACCUGGUUUCCUGGUAGAGCAAACCAGAGAGGCAGGGACACUGCCAGGCCCCCUACCAGGGGCGCAGUUAUGCCGAGGGGACAGGGCUGGUCAAGAGCUCUGCACACUGCUGCCCGACAGGCACUCAGGAGAGGCCUGUGCACCCCCCUCCCCAGCACUCUUCAAUUGCUGAAGCCCAAACCCCUGCUGAGCCUGUAUUUUAAAAUGCGGCCUCAAAAAAAUAAUAAUAAAUAAAUAAAAUUUUUAAAUAUGUGGCCUCCAGGGAGGUGAUUAAGGUUGGAUGAAGUCAUAAACAUAGGGCCCUGAUCCCACAGGACUGGUGCCCUCUUUUUUUUUUUUCCCAUUUAUUUUUAUUAGUUGGAGGGGACUGGUGCCCUCUUAACAGGAGAAGAGCACUCUCUCU